AGACUAUCGGCUCAGCUGCCUGGCAACGGCAGAACUUGGCAUUGGACCACCAUGGCCUCGAACGUGAAUGCGCUUAGAACUUGCGUGAAUAGGCUUCCUGCAAGGAUGGCUGGACCAGCGAGUGUUGCAAGGAGAAGCUUCUCCGAGGUAACGACUGAAGUGAAGCAGCCGAAGGCCGCAGCGAGAACUACCCUUGGGUCACGGCUUCGCAGCUUCAUCAUGGGCUUCACCGUCGCUGGGACGUUGUCCGGAUAUGCGCUCUACUACAAGGUUCAAUGGACAAACGAAGAGCUUGCCGCUAUGGUCAGGGAAACUGCAGCAAGACAAGCUCAGAUCGAAAGGCGUUUAAGCCAGUUGGAGAGCCGAUGAGACUGAGAUAUUUGGCUGAUGAGGCCAUAUUAUAGAUAUAAUUUUCGUGACUUUUUAAAGCGUUGGGCGUGCUUUGCAUUAAGAAACCAUGAAGAAC